AUCGCAAUAUAACAAAAUUUGAAUUUAGGGGAAAAUCCCCUAACCUAAUAAUUCUGGCGGUUGUAUUCCCCUGUUCCCCCUCGCCAAUCGCUGCGCCGAUUCCCCAGGCGCGCGCCCGCUGAUAGCCAGGCAGUUUCACGUGUUACGUGUACAAAAAUCGUGUGGUGUGCUGACGAGUUGACGACGUGAUCGCGUACGCGGGCACGAUGUGCAGGUAACAUUGCCGCGCAUUGGUGCGACAUGCAAUGGUGAAGCGGGCAGGACUGGGUAGCGGCGUGUUUACAGCUGCGAGGUCUUGGUGGUGCGAAGGAAGGAACGCGGGCGUGAGAUCGCCGACAAUCAAUGCCAAUGGCCUACGAAGCGUUAUGGCACGAAUACAUGCAGAUGCCCGUGGUGACGCGGGCCUAUACCACAGCUUGUGUCAUCACGACCCUCGCCGUGCAAUUAGACUUGGUAUCCCCGUUUCAACUAUAUUUCAAUCCUAUCCUUAUUGUGGAGCAGUAUCAGAUAUGGCGAUUAAUAACAACAUUCCUGUUCUUUGGAAAUGUUGGAUUCAACUUAUUGUUCAAUAUGAUCUUCACAUAUCGAUAUUGCCGUAUGUUGGAGGAGGGAUCCUUUCGCAGGAGAACAGCUGAUUUUGUGAUGAUGUUUAUCUUUGGUGGAAUAUGCAUGAUUAUUUUUGCAUUCUUCAUCAAUUUGCUGUUCCUGGGACAUGCAUUCACAAUAAUGUUGGUGUACGUGUGGUCACGACGAAAUCCUUUUGUUAGGAUGAACUUCUUUGGACUUUUAAACUUCCAAGCUCCAUAUUUACCAUGGGUACUGUUAGGCUUCUCUGUAUUGCUCGGUAAUACGAUUUGGGUCGAUCUUGUGGGAAUGGCGGUAGGACAUACUUACUAUUUCGCAGAGGAUGUAUUUCCCAGGUUAAGAGGUGGUUUCCGAAUUUUGAAAACGCCACAAAUACUUAAGACUCUGUUUGAUGCACAUCCCGAGGAUCCCGAUUAUAUGCCGCCACCAGAAGACCGGCCAGGCGGCUUCAAUUGGGGACAAGAAGCCAACGUGCAAUGAUCGAGAAAUUCAGCAUUCUUUUCCCAAUGCUGUUUUUGUGUCGAAUUGCCCUAGGAUGUUGCGGAAGUGCGCGUCUCCAUCAUUGCUCCUUUGGAGCUAUCAACAAUUUAGUGCCCGAAUUUGUAUGCAAAGAAUAAUGAAGCGAACGUAAAUAAUAAUAUACAGAGUGUAUAAGGAAUCAAGCAAUUUCGCUCUAUUAAAGAUCUCCCGAAAAGCUUGAAGCUAAUAUUUUUUUAAGCGAAAUUCGGUAGACACCAAAUUAAAGAUUUUAUUAAAAAAUUAAGAUUUAUGAUAGUCGACAAUAACAAUUAGAUUGUCGUCGAAGAUAAACCAACUUUAAAGAAUUUGUGGAUAAAAGGAUACGAGUAUUUAUACACUCUGCAUAUAAACGAAAAAGUUAGAAAUAUGCACCUAACAUCAGUAAAUUUAUUAUUGAUUUCUUUUCCAUUUGCACAUUCGUACGUGUUUGAUACUUAUUACAGAAUCCAAUGCUGUUGCUUCUGUCGAUAAUAUUAACUUUUUGGAAGCCAAGUGUUGCGCUUCUAGCGCUAUUACCGAAAUUAUGAUAAAUUAAAUUGCUCUAUUCAAAAUACAAGACGCUACAAACUUAUAUUUUGUUUCCAAUCAGAUUCUCCAACAAGUUUAAAAUGAGUUAAUCAUAAAAAAAUUAGUAAUUUUAAUUAUUAUAGAUGUUAAUCCAAGCUGUUUAUAUACGAAAUUCUAAUAUCGUGUAUAGUAGCUUGUUUCCUAAAUAUUGUAAUUAUAGCAAAAAAUUUUAGAAUAACAAGUAUUAAAUUUGCGCAAAUUAUUUGUGGAAUUCAUAAUUCUCCAAUUCGAUAGAAAUAGCAUUUUAAUCCAUGCGAGUGCAACUGAAUUGGCAUUCCGAGGGUUAAACCUAUUUGUCAGUGAAUAUAAACUUUCGGUUUAGUAUGAGGUUAAUGUAAUUUUUCACUCGCGAGUUAAUUAGAUUUGUCGUAUCGAAAGUGUCACUUUUGUAAGAUAUUUGCGAUUGGUAGUAAUUUUGUGAUAUACUAACCGUGCUCAUUGCAAGUAUCGAUGGGAAAAAGUGAGAAAGAGAGAGAGAAAGAGACCGAAAAAAUGCCAUUGUGCAAAGGAGACUAUUUUAAAGUGUACUAAAGCAUUUAUUUAUAUUUAUUAUCAUAGCUAAAUGUAAUCUAGGCAACAUCUACAAAGUACAAAUCGUUAAAUAUAAACUAAAGAAAUAAUAUAUAUACAUUUCCCACACUUUGUUCAUAUGUGUAUAUUGUGUAUUAUAUGAAUACAACAGAAAGACUUACAUUGAUUAUAGUUAAUAACUGCGCAACUUACAUUGAUUAUAGUUAAUGUCGCUCUUCUGUUAUUUUUUUCAUCGUAAU